UAUGAACCAGAACUCAGUUCAGAGUACAAACUCUCAACUCUCGUCUCUGGCUUUCCUUUUCCAUCAUGCGCCUGACUGUUGCCUGCCUUCUCCUGGCCUAUGCCGUGGCCCUCAGCAGCUCUGCUACAGUGAUAGAAAAUGGCAUGCCCAUAUUAUGGGGGCACACUGGAACUCAACUGACUGAUCUGCCCAUAGAAAAUGGGGUUGUUAACCCGGAUCCAUGGCACUUCCUUCACCGUUUGACCCUCUAUCGGCUGAUGAUAGCUGCUACAGACCCAUACAUGGGAACCAUGGGACCAAACCCCACAGACAGUCCCAUGUGGGGCCUGCCACUAGAGCUUGCAUGGAUGCUUACAUCAGGUCGUCUCGCCGAUCCAACUGCUGAAACCACAUGUGGCCAUCAAACUGGAGACACAAUGUGCAUUUCUACCAAGAGUUUCUGGGGCUGUGCAAACUAUUUUGUCUCUGCAAUGCCCUUUCUGUCUGCUGCACAGCAGGGCUUAAUGGGGCCUGAAAUUCAGGUACAGCUGCAGAUCCCUGUUGGUGUGCAGGACUAUUGCACCACCUAUGCUGACUGUUCUGCUAGCUUCCCUGAUGCCAUGAGUAAAUGGGAUGCCUUUUUUAAGGAUCUGGUGACUCCAGCGGAUCCCACUCUGCCUGAAAAUGAGAGGAAGGAUGCCGUGCUAGGUCUCUUCUGGGCUGCCCAGUCGAGCUCAAUCCGUUCAUCUUCUGGAUGCAAUGCCAGGAGGAACCUUUUCUCUUCCACAGAGUUGUCGUUUUCCAACAGCUGGCUGAACUCAGCAGAGUACGUCGCCGCAGCACGUUUUCAGUCCAACCUGGAAAACUCUGUGCGGUUCAUAACUCCUCUUCCAAGUCGAAUCCUGCUGGAGGGCGACGUUGCUCCUAAUAUUCCUGAUCUGAGCGAAACAGAGAACCACAUACUGCAGAUCUUCAACUGGAUGCAAAGCAUUGACUCUUUACUUGCUGGCAGACUGGUGCCCACGUGGCAAAAUGCCAUGUGUUCAGUAAGAACAAGAGAGGAAGGCAGGAAGAUGUUGGAGAACCUUCUUCUGGAUUCCACCUACGCCACAUCCUCCUUCCUGUCCAUCGUCACAGGAAUGGCCCUCAGCUGCUGAGACUAAGCACAUAUACACUCUCAGAGAAAACCUCCAACCGUGACUAAAGUACUUGAAUUUUAAAGUCAUGUGGAAGUUAAUUUAACUUGAUGUUUGUCUUAACACUUACUGUUCUAGUAAAUAGUAAUAAUAAAUACAUGACCAAAUUAGCAAAUUUUAACCUUAAGUUUUUUUAUUUACAUUUGUAUAAAUUGUAAAUGACCUAAUCCUCAGCAUUUAGUAUCUAACAUUUCAAUACAUGUUACUCUCCUUACUGUCUUAACUGAGGAAUAUGCAAUUAAUGCAGAUUACAGGGUGAAACUCAGUUUUCUUCCACACAAUUCUAUCCAUAUGCAAACCACACACACAUAUUAAAAUUAUUGAAAUAUAUGGUUUGAUACGUUUAAGGUAUACGAUCUACACCCAUUUCAUCCAAAGAUGAAAUACUGGUGCAGUAAAAUCUGUGUGCCAACCAAUCAUACUAAUUAUUCAGAAUAACAGUAUUUAUCACAUUAGGAUUGUUUGAAAGCAUUCAUGUACAAUCACAUAACUCUACUAUUGAAUGACUGAAUCAUAAGUCAAAAUUUAAAAAAGAAGAGCUUCAAACCUUGGUCUAAUAUUGCUCCCUAGUGGUCACAAUAUGUAAGCAAAGGUUUAUUUAAGACAUUUUCAUUAGUAAAAAAACGUUUUAAAGGCUGCCUAACAGAACUAAUUAUAUAUCCAGGCAAUUUAGGCUGAUAAAUUCAGCACAAAUAAAGAUGAUGUUUUUAAGCAGAUGUCUUGAAGACUUAGCAAAUAAUCUGCCAAUUUAGUUGUGACGGUGAAUUAAAGUCUAUAUAAAGUUGUUUCCUGACAGUGUGUAACCAUUGCACACAAAACUGUUAUUAUUUACUUAACACUACAAAACACUCAGACCGUUAAAUAAUCAGGAACAUGGUAUCAAAUUAUGGCAGGGCUUUUAUUUGAAAACAAACAAAAAAAAACUUAAACAACAUACAUUUGGAAUCACAUUAAAAAAACACAUUGACGACAUGUUUAAAAGCUGAUUAAAAUCAGUCAUUAAAAAACCCCACCAUACAAUAAAACCCGUGC